AUGAGCUUCCAUGUGUUGACUGUUAGGUUUACAGCCGACAAAAACUGUUUUGUUGCCCUGCCACCAGAUGUCAGCAAGUCUGCUUCAAAAGAUGGCGAGGUCAGUGUAUUUGAACUGACUUUUGGAGAUGAUUCCAAAGUGUUUGUGAGCUGGUCAGGGGAGAUAAUCCGAACUAACACUGGGACAGAUGGAGUAUUGCAGGUCAAUGGAUUGUAUGGGAGCAAGCUCGGACUAAAGGAUGGAGAUCAGGUGAUAGUGCGCCAUACACCUGGUGUCCAUGGAGCCACACAGGUGGCAGUGGAGCCCCUGUCAACUGACGACUGGGAGAUACUUGAGAGACAUGCAGGUUUUAUAGAGAGUCACCUGUUGGACCAGGUGAGAGUAGUGUGGAAAACUCAGAUCUUACCUGUGUGGGUGGAAAAAUCUACCUGUGUCUUCCUUAAAAUAGGUACAACUGACCCAGACAAAAACUGUGUGAUUCUCAGAAAUGAGACCGAAGUGAUUGUGUCACCGAAGGUUAGAAAUACCGGUAACUCAAACAUGACUACAAGUGGAACAUCGACCAGAUCCAGUCAAUCCCGUGAGUCUUUUAAAGGCCACUUCAAAAGGUUAUCUAGUAACAGUGGACAGAGUGAGGACAGCAAGCACAGCUCAAAAGCAGGAAGUCGUCGGGACUCCUCUGAUGGCGGGGGGCCAUCGUCAUCAUCAGAAAAUGGUUCGCCAUCUCGUUGGGGCUGGAAGGAGCUUGUACCUUGGAUAUUAGGAGUACAAAAAAUUAAUGCAAAGUUACAGAGUUUAUCUGCGAAUCUAGAACGCAAUGAUUUAGUGCAAAAACCAGAUAAAUUUCCAACUGGCAUGAACUUUGUACUGCGUGUUCAAUCACUUAAGAUCACUUAUAAUAUACUCGCUAAAAGUUUGAAGGACAGUUUUAAAGAUGAAUUAUCUGACUCGGAUGAAAAAUCUCUGUUUCUUCAACAGCCUGCUACAGUAUUUGUUAAUCAUAAAGACAUCCAUGAUCAAAUUGAUAGAGAACUUACUGAAAUCCCGACAUUUUUCUACGCAAGAUUGUCAAAACUUGUCUCCCCAAAGGAAGAACUGGAAAAGCAAGUAGUCAGUCAGAAAAAAGAAAAAGAAGAAGAACCUAUUGACAGUAAAAAUCCGCAGAAAAAGCUAAGUGGAUCAUCAAAUUCAAUGUCAUCUAGUGGUCGAUCAGAUAAAGAAAGUCGACCGGUAAGCUGUUUUGUAAGAGUUGUAGUCAUUGAUCAUAAAAAAAUGAGCUGCGAUAAAAACUAUGAACACAUGGUUGUAACACUAUUACAAGAACAGCAGUGCAUACCUGGUCAUGUGAUCAUCAAUAAUUUGUUACGACGCUUGCUGGAACUUGAUGUGACAAGGAAGGUAUGGCUGCAGACUGUGGCCCCGCCCCAGUCUUGUAAUGCCCCCUACCAGCUGUAUCCAGUAGGAUCUGUGCCAAGUCAGAUGUCAGGGUUCAUGAUUGUGAAAGCAUUUAUCAACUGGUUGAAGUAUUCCACUGACAAAAGCAUGCCUCUGGUUGUUUUUCCCGGGAUUAUGGUGAAAAUACCGCUGUUUCAUUCAGUAACCAUGGAGUUACAGGUGACUUAUACAGAGAGUGCUGAUCAACCACUACCCGAUGGUUUUCGUCUGCUGAGCACAGAGGACACAGAACGAGUGUCCAUCUCGGCCAGUACCAACUUUAAAUCCACUAUGGAUAACAAGCUUCCAUUUCGACCUAUGUUGAUCUACUCAGAUAUGUAUGGUGAUGUGGCUGACUUUGAUCCCUCAGUACCCACAAAGCUACUGAAAAAUUUAGGAGGAUUUACAGAGUAUGCUGAACAAGCUAUCAGCCACAUAGAGGUAUGUUUAGGAAGUCGGCCUUUAAGUAACAAAAUGUUCAAAAUGACUCACCCUGGAAUCAGGAAUGGAAUGCUCCUAAUAACCGGGUCUAAAGGUUGUGGAAAGAGUUCAUUAGCACGUGCCAUUUGUAGGAGGGUAGCCGAGGUGCCUAAUCUUGCCUAUCUCUCACACGUGGACUGCAAGCCUUUAAGAGGAAAAUCUCCGGACAACAUUUUGAAACACCUGACUUUUCUCUUUGAGGAGGUCAUCUGGCGUCAGCCAGCUGUCAUUUUAUUUGAUGACCUUGACCAUGUGAUGCCAGCACCAUCUGGUCCAGAGGCUGAGAUGAAUGCAGAAAGUAUUUAUGGGUCAAGAGUUGCUGAAGUGUUACGAGACUUACUGAGGAAGGAAAUCAAUAACGGCAGUCGAAUAGCUGUCAUAGCCACGAGCCAAUCACGAAACUCCUUGCAUCCCCUGCUGACGUCUUCCCGAGGGACACACUUUGUCCAGUCUGUGAUCAACAUACGCCCACUUAACAAGGAAAAGAGGAAAGAUAUUUUGAAGACAAUCAUUAGGACGCGAGUGUCUGAGGCAACGCUAGACAAGAUGGACUGGGAUUGGUUGCUUGGUAAAACGGAGGGAUUUGUUGCUAAGGACCUUGACACCCUUAUUAGUAGAGCCAUCCACGCUUAUACUCUUCAUGGUAGAAGGGACGUGUUUCAUACAGACCACUCUGAAGAGGACUUCAACCUCGAGAUGGCCGACUUCAAACAUGCCAUCGGAGGAUUUACACCUGCUUCCAUACGAAACGUUCCCCUCCACACAACAGGUGAGCUUGGAUGGGAGGAUGUGGGAGGUCUCACAGAGGUCAAGGUCACCCUAAAGGAGACACUCCUCCUGCCUAGUAAGUAUCCUGAAUUGUUUGCAUCGUGCCCUCUGAGGCUUCGGUCCGGACUUCUGUUGUAUGGAGCACCGGGGACGGGGAAAACUCUUCUAGCUGGCGUUGUGGCCAAUGAAUGUGGCCUUAACUUUAUCAGUAUUAAGGGCCCGGAACUACUCAGUAAAUACAUAGGAGCCAGUGAGCAGGCUGUGAGGGAUACAUUUAUUAGGGCCCAAAGUGCCAAGCCAUGUAUCCUGUUCUUUGACGAGUUUGACUCGAUUGCUCCUAGGCGUGGCCAUGACAACACAGGCGUGACUGACCGAGUGGUUAACCAACUUCUGACCCAAUUAGAUGGUGUUGAAGGAUUGGAAGGUGUAUAUGUACUGGCUGCGACAAGUCGUCCUGACCUCAUUGACCCAGCUCUCCUUCGGCCUGGACGUCUAGACAAAUGUCUUCAGUGCCAGCUACCCAAUAAGGAAGAAAGAUUGAAGAUAUUACAGGCUUUGACAAGGAAUAUUACUCUCAGUUCAGAUGUAAAUCUACAGUUUUUUGCCGAUGAAUGUGAACAUUUCUCUGGGGCAGAUUUGAAAGCUCUUCUUUAUAAUGCACAGCUUGAAGCCAUACAUGAAAUUACAGGCCGUUUAGUAAAAGGAGAUAGUCAAGGAUCGUCACCAAAGAAAAUGAAAAGUGACUCGGCUUUGCGGUCACAACUAGACGCUCAUCAUAAAAAGAUUGACCUUCAGAUUUCUCGUGUUGCGUUGCGGGACAGACGGCCAUCUUGGAGCUCUCUAGUGACAUAUAUACCCAAACUCGAGGAAGGUAUAGCAGACGUCAGCGAGGAAAUGGAAGAGAAGCUAAAUUUCCAGGUGGAUCAAAUCAAGGCAAGACUGAAAGUGAACAAGUCACUAGAGCGUGUCAGCACAGCAGAAACAUUGUUCUCACCUGUAGCCACCUCAAAGUCUCCCAUGGUCCAGAUCAGUCGGGCACACCUGAUGACCGCUUUGACCAAAACAAAGCCAUCUGUAUCUGAAGAAGAACGGAGUAAAUACCAAAGAAUAUACAAGAAUUUUAAGUCCUCACGUGGUGGAAACUUUGGUCCUAAGAUUCCAGACCUGGAACAAAUACAGACGUUGGCUUAAUGAAGUGGUUAGUAGGUUUGGAAAAUUGUACCUGAAUCAGUAUGAGACAUGAGAUGUACAGAGAUGAGACAGGUGAAGGGAGAGUGAUUUUGUGUAGCUAAAUGAGAGGCCUUAAUGAGGGACUUGAAAAACCAGGAGUGACAUACUUACAUCUUAAAGAUUAGGCAGAAUGGUUCAGAUGUAGGACAGAUAAUAUAGAUCUUGCUAAUUGUUCAUUUGUUUUCUGGAUGUAUUACCCCGCGAAAAGCCAGGAUAAUUUAAAGAUGAGAUCGCCUUUUGAAGCUGAUGACUCUCUGACUGAACAACAUGCAGGAGGUCCACUAGGUGCUAUUCGAAGCAAUUGAAAUAAGGUGUUGUCUUUGCCUGAGCACACAACCUUGAAAAAACAUUAGGAUGCAGAGAUUUCGUUGAACAGCCUCCAUCCUUCAUACUCCAAGGUUACAAUCGUUUUUUACUCUCUGCACCCCUGGAACAUGUCAUGGCAAAAUCGAAGGUUCCAUGUGUGACACCUGGUGGACAUGAUGAAAAGACUAGUUUAAUCCUUUGAUGUAGGUUGCAUAACACUAUAUUGUAAUCUUCAAAAGUAGUGUAUCAGUCUGUGAUUGGUUAGAUUUUUUCCUCCUUGAACCAAUCAAAUUCCUUUGCUGGUACAUUCAAUUUUGCCAUGACAUAUCCCAGGGUUAUAGAAAGUGAAAGUGAUCAUAAUCCCUGUAGGAUCGAGGAUGAACAACAAUCCACAAUGUCCUCAACAUACUUUUGUAUUUAUACAUGUCAGGAUUUACAGUGUAACAAAUAUACUCACAUUUACAAACAGUAUUUUCAUUGAUAAUCUGUUUUUAUUUGAGCUUGUUGUAAUUAUACUGGACUGUGGUACAUAAAGUCAAAUUGUUAAAUGAUCAUUGUUUUACAGUUAAUUCAAGGGGCAUAAUCUUGUACUGGAGGUCAGGGAAUGGGUUUUUAACAGGGCAGUGUUAUUUUUUUUGAACAGCAGAAAAUAAAUAGGGGUGGGCUUAUUACCAUUAAAGGUUUAUUGCUGGAUUGAUAAAUUAAGGUUAUUGCAACAAAAAUUUAAGUGAUCGAUAAAGUAAUAUUAUUGUUAAAGUAUCUGUCUCUUAAAUAACUUAUAGAAAAGCUGUAUGAUAAAUGAAGUACUGAAAGUGGUGUCAGAAGUGUGUCUUCUGUACCAACCUUUUAACGUAUGUAUCUGCUUACAGUGUCAUACAGUGAAAUUUGUAUUUUGUAUGUUGUACUUUUAUUAUAUUUUGGGAAAUGAUCACACAGUAAAGACAUUAAUCCUUAAAUUAAGGUCACAUUGUAAUUUGCAGAUUUACUUCUUCAUUAAAUUCAAGUUCUUUAUCCACUGUAAAAUUAGUUUGUUCUUCUUAGAGAGCAUGAUUUUACUCACUUGUAUUGACUGAGACUGAUGGGGGUUAUUGUUGAUGAGAGGACGCUGACUCUUCUGAAACACCUGGUCUCAAUCUAUGUAUUUUUUCAGUAGUCUCGGUAUAAAUACUUCUUUUGUUCUUAUUUUGCCAUGAUUUUCAUGAAAUUGAGUUUGGAUUGUGAUUCUGUUGACAUGUUGGUAUUUUCUUGUUGUUUUUAUUAUGCAACAAGCAAAUGCCAUUUAGUUUCAAAACGAGGACAUUUCAUCUAUAAAUAGUCAUGUCAUAUUUUUUGUUUUUGAUGAGCAAGGAAAUAUUAAUACAUAUUAUAACAUUUUAUCAGUUGAAAUUUUGAUUAUUAUAUAUGGUUUUUCUGUAAAGGAUCUUUUGAUACACGAAUGAAAAAUCUAAUGGUAUCCGUACAAUUUACUUACUAAGAUGUAACACUACAUUAGUCAUUAAAUCCGAGCAAUAAUUAACAAACUUUCCUGGAAGGCCUAGUGUUUAUUCAGUCUGUUUGCCAGUUCAAUCUUUGUAAGUAUUCCAUAGCACAAAAUAACAAAAUAUCAGACGCUAGUGUUCGGAUAGAAAAUCUGAAUAAUUUCUUGUGUGAUAUUUGUCAUCAUGAAUGAGAGGAAAAAAUGUCAUCGUGUAGAGAUGAUAAAGUCAAUUGUGCAGAAUCUUUUGUCAGUAUGAUUUUAAACAAGUUUGAAUUUUGUAUGAGAUUUAUGAAAUUUAAGAAGUUUAAGAAUUAAUGUGACUUUUUUGUGUGAUUAACUGAGAUUCUAUGGAAUGAAAACUUCUGUGUGCCAUAUGAUGAUAUUAAUAUGCAAACAAAUUAUUCUGAACUCAAGGAUGUUGUGAUGUUAAUAUUCCAGGUAAAAAGCCAUAUAUAUUCAGAAUUUAAGUUUCAGAAUUAGGGAGUGAAUGGUUCUUAUUUUCUGGAGUAAUAACAGUAUAAACAGACAUGAUUAAAAUAAAAAUUGCUUGCCCAAAUGUUGAUUUUUCUGUACUUUUACAGCAGGGAGUCAUAUCCAACCAGGGGAUACUUUUUAAAAAUAUCAGUUUGGACUUUCCCAUAGUUUUUAGUUGCCAAUUUAACAAAUUGAAUGUAGUGAGAUUAUAUGAAGAAGUUGUGAAAUAAUUUGGUCAUAGGAUAGAGAUAUCCUUUAACGUCCAUGUUUAUAUGACCUUAAAAACAUAUUUUGAUCUUCAGUAAAACUGGCAUUAAAUUAUCUUUCAAUUGCCCUGAACCACCAACCCAAUUAUGUAAGGAUAUGUGUUGAUUCUCUGGGGCUUGUUAAAUAUGGUAUUUCUUUCAACUGAGUAAGUUAUUUUUCAAAUGUUACAAAAGAAAAAGAGCUUUGGAGAGAGUUUUUGUAACUUUUAUAACAAGAGUGACAGAAAUGACAUAGAUAACAACCAGAAGCUUGUGUGACUUUUUUCUACCACGUUAAAAAAAACUAUUCCGAAGCUGAAUUGACUUCCGAAGUUGAAAUGACCAGUUCUGUAUCCAUGUGUACGUCAUCAGUCGGGGUGUAAUGAUGUGUCUUUCGGAGAAACACUGCUAAUUAUUAUUUCAGAAAUACUGGGAAAUAUUUUAACUAAUUACAAAUUAUCACUUGAAAUAAAUUAGUUUUUAUAUUCUAAGGAAAAAAUGAUCCAAAUAAAAGUCAAAGUAUCACAAAUUCAUCCAUGAACUUAUUGUACAUUAUAAUUUCUGUUAGUGGGUGAAGCACACUCUCAAUGAAAAUUUACCCUGUCUUGUCAAUCAAAACAUGUUAGAUUAUUACACUACAUUAGAAGGUGUAUGGUUAAUGCUUCAAGGGUUGAAUAAUACCCUGCUAUUGUAGUAGAAAUCUGGUAAACUGGACAAACAGAAUCCUCUCUAUUUCAUAUUACUUCGUAAAUCAUUUGUUUAUUGAAGUCAGUGAUCAGUACUCUAUCCUAGAAAGCUAUCACUGGAGUUAAUCUUACAUUUGUUUUUAUCCUUUUGUCAUUGGGGCAAUGAUAAGGGUGGGUGAAUACUUGAUACUAACGUGACAAUGUGUUUUAAGGCAGAAUACUUUAAAAUGAUUUUGUUUAGUUGAAAUUUCCUGGUUUUACAAAAGUUUGGCUUUGUCUUUGGCACCUGAUUUUAAUGAGAAGUUUUGUUCUCAAAAUCCACGCGUUCUAUUAUCCAUGAUAAUUUCCUGGACAUAGAAGUUUAAGGAUUUAGAGUCAGCACAAAUUCAAUGAAAAUAAAAUCAUCAUGAAGAUUAAUGUUUUUAUAGUCAGCAAUGUUCAAAUAUUUCUUAUCUAAGACAGUGUAUGUUUAUGUAUACAAUAUCCACUAAGUCUUACUACAGGGUAAACAAAACAUUACAUUAUUCUUCUCUAUAUAUAUUACUUGUUAUUUUUUUUAAUAUUUUUUCAUAACUGAAAAAUAUUUCAUUCCUUUCCAUAGUUUUGCGUACAAAGCCAUUAUCAAAUACAGUGUUUUUCAAACAUUGAUAUUUCCCCAACAAUCCAUUUUGUCAUUAUAUUUUUUUAAAUGACAGUUAUCCCCAAAUGUUGUUUGACUUCAUAAAUUCAAUUUACACUGAAAAAUUGUGUUAAGGUGUGAAUGUCGUAGGCUUCAUAACAAAAUAAAAACUCUUCAGAUGUAAAAACAAAAAAAAAUAAAUUGCAACCAUAUAGUUGGUGUCUGAGUUUUGACUAGUUCAAUGAAGUAAACAACCUCUUAACAGGUUUUCAACAGAGAAAAAUCUUCUCGUCUUUUGUUCAUCUUUACUUCCAUUACUCCACUGCCUGUGUCAAGGGGCUAUCUUCUGUUUCAUUUCAGUUAAAGUUACGAGAUUCAUUCAAGUCCUUCUCAAAAUUAGUUAUGGCAACCUAUGUUUCGACCUUGACCUCAAAGGCACAUACUUCUGAAAUUAGGUAACUGUAAUUGAUGUUUUGAUUCAGAUGUCAUUGCCUGUGUCACAAAAAUUUGGUUAUUUUAAUCUUUGCUGUGACCUUGACCUUUUGUUCCAAGAUUUAGGUAUUGUAACCUCUGUGUCUUGACCUUGACAUUUUGGUCCAGUGACACCAAAAUUUUAUUUUUGAGACAUGUGUUUCAACCUAGAAAUUCAGGCUUAGUGCUAUCAUUAUUUGGUAACUGUGACCAGUCCUCAUCACUAUGAUGACGAGAGAUUUUGACAGUUGUGGUUUCACACUGCAGAGGUUUUCUGUGAUUUUCUUAAUUUAUCAUGUAUCUUUGUUUAUGUGUAAUUUUUGUUAAUUAUCAUACUCAAGCACCUUCAUCGAUUUUUAAUUAAAAGUUAAUUUUUCUCAGUGUUAACAUUCAUGGUGGAAAUGUUUUGUCUAGUAAGCUGCUUGGAGUUUUUAAAUAAAGUGGCAAACUUUACUACACAGUGGUAUACAUUUAAUCCGGCAUUUAGUAAUACUGAUGUUUCUGUCUGGCUGCUUGUGUUUGAUAUGAGAACACUUGUUUCAGAUGUAAAUGUGUUAUGUUAAUUUUUUUGUACACUUUCUACUUCAAUGAUGUUGUGUAUGUAAUGAAAUUGUUCUCAUUUUGUGAAUGUAAUGUAUAUAUACCCUUACAUCUAAUUGACUAUAUAUUAUUGUUGUGAAUAUCCUUUUUUUCAAUUUUUGUAUGAUUUUAUAAGUUUAUAUUACUGAAUUUUUGUUUGUAUGGGUUUAUAAUUCUAUAAUUUCCUUUUUUUUGUACUGCUCCGUGACGGUGUCUGUGUAACGUUUUUUUUGUACUGCUCCGUGACGGUGUCUGUGUAACGGUUUUUUUGUACUGCUCCGUGACGGUGUCUGUGUAACGUUUUUUUUGUACUGCUCCGUGACGGUGUCUGUGUAACGGUUUUUUUGUACUGCUCCGUGACGGUGUCUGUGUAACGUUUUUUUUUGUACUGCUCAGUGACGGUGUCUGUGUAACGUUUUUUUUGUACUGCUCAGUGACGGUGUCUGUGUAACGUUUUUUUUGUACUGCUCCGUGACGGUGUCUGUGUAACGUUUUUUUUGUGCUGCUCAGUGACGGUGUCUGUGUAACAGACACUCUUUAUUUGGUAUGGUUUCACGAUUCUGUACUAUUUGAUUUUGCUGAUAAUUGACUGUGAUACUAUUGAUUGCUUAAGUGACGAUAAAUGAAGUGAAUAAUAAAAACAAAAUCAAAGUUU